AGUUGUAUGGCCUAUUGCUGCGCUCGAUAUGGUUAGAUGAAAUGCCGUCUUUAACUGUUCAUUGUUGUACGUGGAAUGUUGGUGAUGAAAAGCCUGGAGAUGAAGACCUUUCACCCUUACUCGGGUUAAAUGUGAAACCACUUCCCGAUGUCAUAAGCGUGGCCCUUCAAGAGGUUACUGGAGAUGAUGCGUGGCGUCAAAAACUACUUGAACACUUAUAUCCUCGUGGUUAUGUGUUGAUCAAGUCUCGAAACUGCUGGGCAAUUUGGAUAUUCGCAUUCUUGAAGCGAAAUCUCUUACCUGCAGUCACGAACAUUGAAUCAGAGGUUACUGCCUCAGGAUACGCCGGUGUGAUGGGUAAUAAGGGAGGGGUUAGUGCAAGGUUUGAACUCUGUGGAAUAAACAUGAUAUUCCUUUCAUGUCACUUUACCGCGCAUAUGGAAAACAAACGGGAUCGUCUAAAUGAUUAUUUCGAUAUUAUCGACCAUCAAAGUUUCAGAGACGAAGAUGUGAAUGUCAUUUUAGAUCAUGACUAUGUGUUUUGGAUGGGUGAUCUGAAUUUCCGCAUAGAUGACUUCAAAAAGCAUGAAGUAGAGGAAAUGAUAAGAGAAAAUCGUUACUGUGAACUCUUACAGCAUGAUCAACUUACAACAAUGAAAAAUGACAAACUGUUAUUUCAUGACUUCUGUGAAGGUACAAUAUCCUUCCCUCCAACCUUCAAGUUUGACAAAGGUACAGAUACUUACGAUAGUAGCAAAAAGCAACGGAUUCCUGCAUGGACAGAUCGAAUAUUAUAUAUGGUCCAUCGAGAUUUCGCUCUGGAUCAUCACCUUAAUCUUCCACGAACUGAACAGCAACGAUCAUCUAGUCCAUCUCGUCGGUUACCUGUCCGAGUACCACCGUCACAAAUGGAAGAAAAGUUCCCAUCAAACGAGUCUAUUAAAAGAAGACAGCAUCCUGAAGCCGUUUUGCUUAACUAUACUAGUCUCAAUGAAUAUAAAACAUCAGAUCAUCGACCGGUUAUUGCAGUUUUUAAAUUGUCCGUACCUCCCAGAUGGUUCAGUUUACCCGUUAAAUUUGAAGAACCUGGUGGCAAAGCGCAUCCAUGUUACGCCAAUUUGGAAAUAUCUUACCGAAUUCUUGAUCCUCCUGGACUGUUGAGACUUUCAGAAACAAACUUGGUACUUUCACCUAAAGAGUGCUUUCCAGUUUCCGACUUCGCCAAACUGCUCUUAUUCAACGCUCCAGUGAAGUCUAUGAGCCCGGGGAAAUCGGAAAAGGCAAAUGACGAUAUGAGUCCAUUGGCUCCUCCAAGUCUACAAACAACGUCAUUUGACUGGAUAGCUCUUUAUCCAGCAGAAUUCGCAGACCUAGAAAGAGAUUAUAUCACUUAUGUAUAUGCAUCGAGCAGUGUAUCUCAAACGAAAACUCGGAAAAAUUCAGUUUCUUCAGCUUUGUUACAGUCUUCAAAUGCAGCAAAAUUUCAAGAAUCCUUCUACAAAGCUAAAAUUGAAUCAAAUCGGCUAAAAGACCUAGCUGGUCAGUCAUUUUGCCUUGUUUAUAUGAGUCGUAACAAGCAUUGUCCCCAGGGUUAUAGUGAACCUUUCAAGAUUUAUGCUGUGAGUUGUUAGUUUUAGACCAAACAUAGCAGCUUUACACAACCAAAUUCGAUACUACCAGCUUGUUAAGUUGGCUCAGUCUCCAUUCACCCUAGAUGCAUUUUUUGAUGUGAUUGUGUUUGUCAUCGCUUUUCGUAAUAAACUCUUACAUCAACUAAUUAACCUUCUGUGUUUAUAUUAAUGAUGUACUUUUAUUUAUAUCCAUAUCACAUUAAUUAGAUUAACAAAAAGUUUUCUGUUUAGUGUUCGACUGAAGUAUAUAUAUAUAUAUAUAUCUACGCUACUUAACGGUUGUUGUGUAAGGAAACACAUUAAAAACUGUUUGUCACGUCAGUAUUCAGCACCGGAUUAGCUUUAAAGGUCACUUGCUUCACUUUGCUCUAAUGACUGUAUAAUUUGCUGUGUUUAGACUUUUCUAUUUUUUCUUUUCACUCUAGAAUGUAAUAGCCACUACCUCUAGAAAGCACAUCUAACAAUUGUAUAGGGUAUAAUCAAAACUGAUGUGAAUAGUUUUCUAUUUGUACAAUUUAUAGGUUGGAAGAUUAUCCUCCAAAUUAAAGGAGUUUAUUCCGAAAUUCUUAUUACGUAAAAAAAAAGAAUAACGUAACCGUCAUUGUCUUUUCAUCACUUUUAUUAUCACUACUUUCAUUAUUGUUGUGAUUGUGAGUAUAUAGAGUCGCUGGCUAAUUUAUAUUUUGAUUGUAUAGUUUAAGCAUUGACAAGACUCUGUGAAUUCAUUUCAACUAACACUUAGCUGCACAAGUAAUGUUGAACUCAGUCUGCGAAACAAAUAUUAUUUGGUUAGCAGACAGCGAAGCUGUAUGCAUUCAUCUAGUCUCUGUUAUUCGAUACUUCAUUUAAGAUAAUUAAAACAGAUAGAAAUAAACAAUAUCCAGUUAUGCAUGUAUUAUGAUACAAUCUGUUGUCAACACUUAUUACAUGUGUAUAUUACUCUCUUCCUAAUUUUAUUUCAUGACAUCUUAGUUUUUUUUUGUUUGCUUUAUUUCGGGCUUUCUUUAUUUUCUAGCUUCUUAGAAGAAAAAGUGGUGAUAGAUUAUUUUUUGCUUUCUUGUCUUCUUCUUCAUAUCCUUUACAAGUAAUUGUUAAUAUCCCCUUUUUUGGGUUCGUAUCUGUGUAUGUAUUCAUGUGUAUGUCUACUGUAAUUGUGUUUAAGUCAUUUAAUUUCCUCACGACCACACAAUACAUCUUAUAUACAU